ACUCGGACUUUCUGGAGGCAGCUUUCUUUUGCCUCCUUGCUUCUACUGCUUUUUUUUUGUUUUUUUUUUUUGCUACAGCUCUAACUUCCUGGGCCUCGCGUGCCACGGCGACCGAGAUAGAAGCCAGUACCAUGUUCCGCCGCAAGCUGACGGCCCUCGACUAUCACAACCCUGCCGGUUUCAACUGCAAAGAUGAAACAGAAUUUAGAAACUUUAUUGUUUGGCUUGAGGAUCAGAAGAUUAGACACUACAAGAUCGAAGACAGAGGAAAUUUAAGAAACAUCCACAACAGUGAAUGGCCCAAGUUCUUUGAAAAGUAUCUGAAAGAUGUUAACUGCCCUUUCAAGAUUCAAGAGCGACAGGAAACUAUUGAUUGGCUUCUCGGUUUAGCUGUUAGACUUGAAUAUGGAGAUAACGCUGACAAAUACAAGGAUUCUGUAUCAGAUAAUGCUAAAAAUGCUGACAAUGCAGCUAAAAAUGCAGAGCCACUGAUAAAUUUGGAUGUGAAUAAUCCUGAUUUUAAGGCAGGAGUAAUGGCUUUGGCCAACCUUCUUCAGAUCCAGCGUCAUGAUGAUUACUUGGUAAUGCUUAAGGCAAUUCGCAUUUUGGUUCAGGAACGCUUAACACAGGAGGCAGUUGCUAAGGCAAAUCAGACAAAAGAGGGCUUACCUGUUGCUUUAGAUAAGCAUAUCCUUGGGUUUGAUACAGGAGAUGCUGUUCUUAAUGAAGCUGCCCAAAUUCUUCGAUUGCUACAUAUAGAAGAACUCAGAGAACUACAAACAAAAAUUAAUGAAGCCAUAGUAGCUGUUCAAGCAAUUAUCGCUGAUCCAAAGACAGACCACAGAUUGGGAAAAGUUGGAAGAUAAAAAAAUUUAGGAUUACAGCCUCUCAUCUACUUAGGACACCUAGGAACUCUGGCAUAACUGUGGCAAUAUAUUUUCAGUCAAAUGUGACUGGGGAGGGAAAAUAACAGAAAAUUUUGAAUUCUUACUAUUGUGUUUUCUGUUUAAUAAAGAUCAAAAAAAUGGA